AUGGCUGAAGACGUUGCUGCACUGGUGGUUGACAAUGGUUCAGGCAUGUGCAAGGCUGGUUUUGCAGGAGACGAUGCUCCCCGUGCUGUCUUCCCCUCCAUUGUUGGAAGACCCAGACAUCAGGGUGUGAUGGUGGGCAUGGGACAGAAGGACAGCUACGUGGGCGACGAGGCCCAGAGCAAGAGGGGCAUCCUGACUCUGAAGUACCCCAUCGAGCACGGCAUUGUUACCAACUGGGACGACAUGGAGAAGAUCUGGCAUCACACCUUCUACAAUGAGCUGCGUGUGGCCCCCGAAGAGCAUCCCGUCCUGCUCACAGAGGCCCCACUCAACCCCAAAGCCAACAGGGAGAAGAUGACCCAGAUCAUGUUUGAGACCUUCAACAGCCCAGCCAUGUAUGUAGGUAUCCAGGCCGUGCUUUCUUUGUACGCAUCUGGUCGCACCACAGGAAUCGUGAUGGAUUCCGGGGAUGGCGUUAGCCACACGGUGCCCAUCUACGAGGGCUACGCUCUUCCCCACGCCAUCCUGCGUUUGGACCUGGCGGGACGCGACCUCACGGACUACCUGAUGAAGAUCCUGACUGAGCGUGGCUACAGCUUCACCACCACGGCCGAGAGGGAGAUUGUGCGUGACAUCAAGGAGAAGCUGGCCUACGUGGCUCUGGACUUUGAGCAGGAGAUGAGGACCUCUGCUGCCAGUUCCUCUCUGGAGAAGAGCUACGAGCUGCCUGAUGGACAGGUCAUCACUAUCGGCAACGAGCGCUUCCGGUGCCCUGAGACCAUGUUCCAGCCGUCCUUCAUUGGAAUGGAAAGCACUGGAGUGCACGAGACCACCUACAACUCUAUCAUGAAGUGUGAUGUGGACAUCAGGAAAGACCUGUAUGCCAACACUGUUCUCUCUGGUGGAACCACCAUGUUCCCUGGCAUCGCCGAUAGAAUGCAGAAGGAGAUCAGUAGCUUGGCACCCCCUACUAUGAAGAUUAAGAUCAUCGCCCCUCCCGAGCGUAAAUACUCUGUGUGGAUUGGCGGCUCCAUCCUGGCCUCUCUCUCCACCUUCCAACAGAUGUGGAUUUCCAAGCAGGAAUAUGAGGAAUCUGGCCCGUCUAUCGUCCACCGCAAAUGUUUCUAAAGCCUCGACCCUUAACCUCAGUUACUCCUUUCAGGGAGUUUGUUAUUUCAGAUGGCUCUCCUGUCCAGAAGCGAACACCUUGCCCCUAUCCCCUAAGCAUUUGUGUGGCUCUAAAAUGAUCAGAUGAGUAGAAGUGAAUUCCACCUAAACAGUAGAGAUAAAGCCAUAUUGUUUCAGUUCUACAUUGUGUCCUGGGGGGGAGUGACAGGGUGGUUUCUGGGUAGGCGCAGUGUUAGGGCUGUGGCAUUCUGUGUUGUAUUUGUUACUAUUCGUCUUGCCGUACCAUGUAACAUCUGCUCCUGGGCCAUUGAAUAAACGUUCACUGUAACUUGA